AUGGCCUCGGAGGCAAGAGAAAACCCAGACAACGAGCAAGAUGCCACUCUAGCACAACUCGAAAGUGCAGAAACAGAACUCGAUGUGUUCAAGCUAUCCGGAGACAUAGAUGAUGUCCUAUUGGACGCCGGUCUCGAUGAAUACCAGCAGUAUCUUGAUCAACUCGACGCCGCCCGCUCUCACCUCGAUACCCUCCUCGCAUCCACCGCCGCCACACUUGACGAACUUUCCUCCAUCUCCGCAUCCUUCAAGUCUGUCAGUGCCCAAACAAAGUCCUUCCAGGCCCAGUCGGUUUCCAUUCUAGAAGAACAGCGCAAGAGCGAGGUCGUCGCACAAGGAAUCGCCGAGAAUCUGCGUUACUAUGAGCCGCUCGAACGAAUCACCCGUCGCCUCAAUGCGCCGCAGGCAGGUAAUUUUGUCGGUAGCAAGGACUUUUCCGACAUGUUGGUCACCCUGGACGAAUGCAUAGAUUACAUGCAGACACACCCAUCCCAUAAGGAAGCGGAAACCUACAGGUCACGCUACAGGCUCCUCCUCACCCGAGCAUUGACGCUGGUGCGGAAUACAUUCAUGGCGGCGGUGCGGGAGACUACCACCGAAGUUGCCGGCCGCAUUGCAGCGAAGCAGCUCAAUGACACAACCAUGUCCGCACUCCUAUAUGCGAAAUUCCGCGUGGGGGCGGCGGAGAUGAAGGAACUCGGCCUGGAGAUCCAGAAGCGAGCGAAUCCGCCAGCGGACGCAGAGCCAGGCACAGAAGGGGAAUACCAGAGCCUGAUGAACGAGUUGCACUCCAGCUUCGCUGCUUGUCGAGGCAGAUUGAUUCUGCCCAUCGUGCAAAAACGCCUGACGGAGACGGCUCAAUUGCCCGGUUCUAAGGACCUGGUCCAGUUUGCAAGGGCCAGUAUUGGCUAUAUCCGGGGCAUCUGUCUCGACGAGUUCGAACUGUGGUCAGAGUGGUUCCACGGCUAUCGUGGGCUCUACGAUUUCCUCGAGUCGAUUUGCGAACCGCUAUACGAUCAUCUUCGUCCGCGGAUCAUUCAUGAGAACAAGCUCUCUAAGCUCUGCUCGCUAGUCACUUUGCUCCAGACACGCUACCUCCACGACGAGGAAGAAGACGGGCCCGCCGACCUGAAUCAACUCGAUUUCUCUGCGCUCAUCCAACCGGCGCUGGAAGACGCACAAACCCGCCUUGUUUUCCGCGCGCUGGCCAUCCUCCGCGAAGAAAUCGAAAUGUUCAAACCCAAACCCGAAGACCUGGACUAUCCGCGACUCACCUCUGCUCCGCCUAUAUCAGCCACCGCACCGCUGUCGGGACGCCGCUCUUCUCGCGACGCUCUGACAUCCCUGCCCAAAACCCCCGCCACCGACGACCUAGACGACGACUCGGGCGAAGAGGGCUCCUUCAGCUGGACACUCGCCUCGUCGCGCCGGUCCGCCCUGAAGCACUGCUACCCUACCCUUUCGAGAUCCCUGCGCCUGUUGUCCCGCAUCUACCGCCUGGUAAACUCGUCGGUGUUUGACGACCUGGCGCACCAAAUCGUGCACCAGACCACCCUAUCCCUCGUGACCGCAUCCCAACAGAUAUCCACCAAAUCCUCGCCGGUCGAUGGACAACUUUUUCUCCUCAAACACCUGUUACUUUUGAAAUCGCAGAUAGUGGCGUUUGACAUCGAAUACGUCACCCCCGACGUGAGCUUUGACUUUUCGGGCGUGGCGUCCACGUUUUGGGAACUCCGCGAACGAGGCGGGCUCUUCAACCCGGCGAGUUGGAUAAAACUGUUUAGCUCCGGCCGGUUGCUGCCUCGGGUGGUGGAAAACAUGCUUGAUGCAAAAGUAGAAAUGGACGGCCAGUUGAGGACGGCGAUCAAUGAGUUCACAGCAGGUUUCGCCGCAGACAUGUGCAAAGAUCUUCCCAAGGACUUGGAGAAAACGGGGUCUAGUAAAAGGGGCGACCGGGAAAGCAUGUUGGCUGAAGCAGUGGAGAAGACCCGGACGAGGAUCGAGAAAGAGAUUCCCAUUUUGAGGGCCAAGUUGGAGCAAUAUCUCGACGAUCAUCGAACGAGAGAGACGCUGGUCGCCGCGGUGGAGGACCAGGUCGUGCAGAUUUACGAAACGUUCUUCGACGCAUAUAUUACGUCCCAAUCGGCCGGGAAAGCUGGCACGCGGAACGGGAAGGUCAACGGUGGUGCGGCGGGGAUGGGAGGGGUGACGCCCAUCUCCCGCAAGGGAAAAAGUCCAGAGAAUGCAGUGUGGGAUCUCGAUACAUUUGCUGAAUGGGCCGAAGGACUGUUUAAUGUCGCUUUGCCCCGUGUUGAGGAGGAGGAGGAAGAGGUCGUGGACGGCGAUGACAGCCAUGUCGCUUCGAGGAGUUUGUCGAGGAGUGGCAGUCUGUAG